AUGGGUCUCUUCAGUCGUCUAUUGAAGGUUGGUGCCGCAGGUACUGUCGCCUCCGUCGGUGUCUUCUGGGGCGCCACGCGCAAUGACGUGUUUGAGCUCAUGGACGCCUCUGAUCCCAUCUUCCAAUCGCCCUUUUUCAACAAAUUCAAUCCCAACCGCAACCCGACCUUGCACGAUGUCUGUGUUCGUCGCAUUCCUCUCGAUAAGAUCAAGCCAGAUCUGGUAGAGGACAAGAGCAAGCUGGUAGAGGCCUUCUGUGCUGGUGUCUGGGGUGGCAUGGGAUAUAUCCCCCAGCGUGCCUACUUUGAUCAGAAGUACCGUGGCCCCGAGACCGCCUCCCACCUCUGGAAGCGAUCGGAUCUGCUCGCCAGCAAGUACGAGGUCGGUACCAUCGUCACCGAUCACUUUGAAGUCCUGGAGAAGACCGAAGACAAGAUCACCGUCCGCUGCGGUGCUUCCCCUCGUAUCCGCGACGUUCGUCCCUCUGAUGGACUCUUCGAGAUUGGAGCUGUUGUCAAGCCGGAGCAGGGCGUCGCAGAGUUCACUCUCAAGAGCUGUUUCUACCAGGGUCUUGGCAAGGCCGAGGCUGCACCAAUGGACGAGAAGAUGGCUUGGGCGCACCGUCAAUACACCAAGCUUCUGCUGGAGACUGCAGUGCUGAAGAAGUGUGUGAAGUAA